AUAUGGGGCUUCGUCUCUUGUCUUCUUCCUGGGUGAGAUAGAGUUAAUUCGGAGAUAUGCAUGGCGUUGACAAGCGAGCGCCUUUUUGGUUGUGUCUUUACUUGUGAGGAAGGAAAAGAAACCCCAUUAGUCACUUUUUAAAUUUUCGAAAUCUGGUUUCGAGGUCAAAGCAAUUAUAGGGACAAUUUCGAAACAAACCCAGAAGAAGAAGAAGAGGAGAAGCGGUCGGAGAGAAAAUACUUAGAUUUAUAUGCCAAGCUUCGGGGAGACAAAGGGUCCUUCCGUUUUUCUUUUCCUUUCGUUUUUUUCCCUUUUUUGUUUAUAUUUUUUUAAUGGGGUUUGACGGUUUAGUUAGGAGCAAUAGUAGAAACUACAGCUGUGGGAGUGCAAGAGUUGUGGCUGAUAUUUCUCCACACAAUCUCUAUAUCCCCAGUGGUUCAAUUGUUGAGCCAACUCUGCAUUCUCCCUCUAUUUCAGCUCAACAGAAAAUGGAGGGCCAUGGUGAUAUGGGUCUUAUUGGGGAAUUUGAUCAUAAUUUGAUGGGUAGGAUGAGGGAUGAUGAAUAUGAGAGUCGGUCUGGGAGUGAUAAUUUCGAAGGAGUUUCCGGUGAUGAUCAGGACGCCGGCGAUGAUCAGCCUCAGAGAAGAAAGAAAUAUCACAGACACACUCCUCAUCAAAUUCAAGAGCUUGAAGCAUUCUUCAAGGAGUGUCCUCAUCCUGAUGAGAAGCAGAGGACAGAACUUAGUAAGAGGCUGGGCUUGGAGAAUAAACAGAUCAAGUUCUGGUUUCAAAAUAGAAGAACACAAAUGAAGACUCAAAUAGAACGCCAUGAGAAUAUGAUUCUCAGACAAGAGAAUGAGAAACUCCGAGCUGAGAAUAGUAUGAUAAAGGAAGCCAUGUCCAACCCGAUGUGUAAUAGAUGUGGUGGCCCAGCGAUUCCUGGCCAAAUUUCAUUUGAGGACCACCAUCUCAGAAUUGAAAAUGCUCGGCUUAAGGAUGAAUUGAAUCGAAUAUGUUCCUUGGCGAACAAGUUCCUGGGUAGGCCACUCUCGUCCUUGGCCAGCCCCACUGCUGUUCUGGGUUCAAAUUCUGGUCUUGAACUUGCUAUAGGAAGGAGCGAAAUUGGUGGUUCAAGUGCUCUAGGUUCUUCCCUGCCAAUGGGGCUUGAUCUAGGGGAAGGCAUUCUGGGCACACCUUCAGUGAUGCCCCGGAUCAGAUCUCACAUGGGAAUGAUGGGUGGCGAAAUUCAGGCGGAUAGGUCUAUGCUCAUUGAUCUUGCACUGUCUGCUAUGGAGGAAUUAAUGAAGAUGGCUCGGGCAGAUAGCCCUCUCUGGAUUAAGUGUUUGGGUGGUGAGAAAGAGAUACUGGACCACGAGGAGUAUGACAGGUUAAUUUCUCCUUGUAUUGGCCCGAAACCGGCUGGUUUUAUAACUGAAGCUACAAGGGAAACUGGGAUAGUCAUCAUAAACAGUCUAGCCCUCAUGGAGACAUUGAUGGAUGCAAACCGGUGGGCAGAGAUGUUUCCCUCCUUGAUAGCUAGAGGUGCAACCGUUGAUGUAAUAUCCAAUGGUAUGGGUGGAACCAGAAAUGGUGCUUUGCAAGUGAUGCAUGCUGAGGUUCAAUUGCUUUCGCCGCUUGUCCCUGUGCGUCAAUUGAGAUUUCUCCGGUUCUGCAAGCAGCAUACAGAAGGUGUGUGGGCUGUGGUUGAUGUUUCGGUUGAGAUGGGCCAUAGUUCAAUCAAUGGCCACCCGUUCGUGAGCUGUAGGAGGCUUCCUUCAGGCUGUGUUGUGCAAGAUAUGCCCAAUGGUUACUCAAAGGUUACAUGGGUUGAGCAUACACAGUAUGAUGAAAGCGUUGUUCACCAACUCUACCGGCCAGCGGUGAAUUCCGGCUUUGGCUUCGGUGCUCAUAGGUGGAUUGCCACCCUUCAAAGGCAAUGUGAAUGCUUGGCAAUCCUCAUGUCAUCUUCUAUACCCAAUGAGGAUCAUACAGCAUUAAGCCAAGCUGGUCGGAGAAGUUUGUUGAAGCUGGCACAGCGCAUGACCAAUAACUUCUGUUCUGGGGUUUGUUUAUCGUCGGCACGCAAGUGGGACAGCCUUCACAUUGGCACACUUGGUGAUGAUGUGAAAGUGAUGACCCGGAAGAAUGUGGACGACCCCGGCGAGCCUCCGGGGAUUGUGCUGAGCGCCGCGACUUCCGUUUGGAUUCCGGUGUCCCGGGAGAGUCUGUUCAAUUUCCUGCGUGAUGAACAGCUGAGAAGUGAGUGGGACAUUUUGUCGAAUGGGGGACCAAUGCAGGAGAUGGUCCAUAUUGCCAAAGGUCAAGGUUCUGGAAAUUGUGUGUCUCUCCUUCGUGCCAGCGCGGUGAAUCCUAACGAGAGCAAUAUGGUAAUUCUGCAAGAGACAUGGACCGACCCGUCGUGCUCGGUCGUGGUGUAUGCACCGGUCGACGUGCAAUCCUUGAACGUCGUGAUGAGCGGCGGAGACUCCGCCUACGUUGCUCUCUUGCCUUCAGGUUUCGCCAUUCUACCCGACGGCCGCCAAUCCAGCUUCGGCGGCAGUUUACUCAAAGGUGGCAGCAGCCCCGACGGAGGCGGUGACCACCAAGGCAGCCUCCUCACAGUAGGGUUCCAGAUUCUGGUAAACAGUCUGCCGACGGCAAAACUCACGGUGGAGUCCGUGGAGACGGUGAACAACCUCAUCUCCUGCACCAUUCAGAAGAUCAAAAGCGCCCUGCGACUUGCAUGAUGAUAUGUAUUUUGCUCACAGAACUUCUGUGUUUUUUGUAAUUUUGGUUGUUUGAUUGUGAAACAUGAUGAAGAGAUUUAAUUCAGAGAUGGUGUAAAUGGCAAUAUAGAGAGAAGAGAAUAGUUAAAUGAAAGGAGGUUUGGAGUCAAGAACGAACCGCGAGGGAGGAGAAGAGGGAUUGGAAUAGGGUGCGAGUGAGUGUAUGGUGGUUCGGGUAUUGACUCGUUGACCUGCGACUUUUGUCUUUGCCUCUUUUGUAUUAACAAGUGCUCACAUGGCUUUUGUUUGUUUCC